AGGGCGCUCGGUUAUUAAUGACCGCCGAGCAGGCAGCACCAUGUCAGUGUGACAAGCGAUCUGGUGGACGAUGCGCGCCUAACCACCAUGGAAACCAGGAGAAAUACGGCCGGCCAGCAGGGUCCGUCCUCGCUCGGCUGAGAGCCUCAGCCUGCGCCGGAGACAGUCGCAGACGAAAUAAGGCAUCCUGGCCGCAGGCUCCUGCCUCUUCGUGUUUUAGGAGAAAAAGAGAGAGAGAGAGAGAGAGAGAGAGAGAGAUCCCAUUCGUUGCAUGCGUGCAUAUCUAUAGUAUUUAACUGUGCACACUUUAUCACACACAUAUGCACCUAUUUAUACUGGGGCAAGGCGACAGCCAUGUGAUUCUUCAGCCCAGGGACUGAGCGAGCAGGGAUGCCGGAGGAGGGCUGGCCCUGCAUCUGCUACCUUAAGGAUAUUGGCUCCGCUUCCCAUAGCUGGAGGAACCUGAUACAGCAAUUAGCUGGCAGAAGUCAUGGCUCCUCUGUUCUCAGCUGAGUGAUUUAUGAAAAAACGGAAAUUAUUUUGCGCUUUCCACCUAGGCUCUUCCUUCACCUUGGACAUAAGAGAAUAUGCCUCUACAGCUGCAAGCACUGGACAAGCAUGGGAUUUGAAUCUUAGGCUUCUAAUAAAUGAAUCGCUCCAUUUCCUAUGACCAUCUAUACAUAUACCACCUUCGAAAAGUCCAUCGACACUCCAUCACAGAAGGAACAGCAACCAUCAUUUCUCCACUAUGCAUGCAAUUUUGGAAAAAUACAUGUGUGGCACUCAUUAUUAUUUCCAUGAAGAAAACAUGUACAGUUCUAUGGCAUUCAUCAUUUGACAAAUGCCAAUCCUUCCCUCAUCAGUCGGCUCGGACUGAACUUAUUGGCAGUGACUGGAAUCCUUAAGGGCCUAUGGAAUUUCUGAAGACGAAAGCUAAGAUGAAGGACAUGCCACUCCAAAUUCAUGUGCUACUUGGCCUAGCUAUCACUACACUAGUACAAGCUGUAGAUAAAAAAGCGGAUUGUCCAAAAUUGUGUACAUGUGAAGUCAGGCCUUGGUUUACCCCCAGAUCCAUCUAUAUGGAAGCAUCUACAGUGGACUGUAAUGACUUAGGGCUUUUAAACUUCCCAGCCAGGUUGCCUGCGGACACACAGAUUCUGCUCCUACAGACUAACAAUAUUGCAAGAAUUGAACAUUCCACGGACUUCCCAGUAAACCUUACUGGUCUGGACUUAUCUCAAAACAAUUUAUCUUCAGUCACCAAUAUUAACGUACAAAAGAUGUCGCAGCUUCUUUCUGUGUACCUGGAGGAAAACAAAUUAACGGAGCUGCCUGAAAAGUGUCUGUAUGGCCUGAGCAACUUACAAGAACUCUACGUUAAUCACAACCUGCUUUCCACCAUUUCUCCCGGAGCUUUUAUUGGCCUUCACAACCUUCUCCGGCUUCACCUCAACUCAAACAGGCUGCAGAUGAUCAACAGUAAGUGGUUUGACGCUCUGCCCAACCUAGAGAUUCUGAUGCUCGGGGACAACCCCAUCAUCAGCAUCAAAGACAUGAACUUCCGGCCUCUCCUCAAGCUUCGCAGUCUGGUCAUAGCGGGCAUAAACCUCACGGAAAUCCCAGAUGAUGCCUUGGUCGGACUGGAAAACUUGGAAAGCAUCUCUUUUUAUGAUAAUAGGCUUAAUAAAGUACCCCAGGUGGCUCUUCAGAAGGUUGUAAACCUCAAGUUUUUGGACCUAAAUAAAAACCCCAUCAACAGAAUCCGGAGGGGUGACUUCAGCAACAUGCUGCACCUGAAGGAGCUGGGGAUAAACAGCAUGCCUGAGCUCGUGUCCAUCGACAGUCUCGCUGUGGAUAACCUGCCGGACUUGAGGAAAAUCGAAGCCACUAACAACCCCAGGCUGUCUUACAUCCAUCCCAACGCAUUCUUCAGACUCCCCAAGCUAGAAUCGCUCAUGCUCAACAGCAACGCCCUCAGCGCCCUCUACCGCGGAACCAUAGAGUCCCUGCCAAACCUCAAGGAGAUCAGCAUCCACAGCAACCCCAUCCGCUGUGACUGCGUAAUCCGCUGGAUUAACAUGAACAAAACCAACAUUCGCUUUAUGGAACCGGAUUCUCUCUUCUGUGUGGACCCACCUGAGUUCCAAGGCCAGAAGGUUCGGCAGGUGCAUUUCCGGGAUAUGAUGGAAAUCUGCCUCCCUCUGAUAGCUCCCGAGAGCUUUCCUUCGAGCUUGGAGGUGGAAGCCGACAGCUAUCUGUCCCUUCACUGCAGAGCCACUGCCGAGCCCCAGCCUGAAAUCUACUGGAUCACACCUUCGGGUCAGAAACUGCUGCCAAACACGCUGAGAGAAAAGUUCUAUGUUCACUCCGAAGGCACGCUAGACAUAAGCAGGAUAACCCCAAACGAAGGGGGCUUGUACACUUGCAUGGCCACUAACCUGGUCGGCGCUGACUUAAAGUCUGUUAUGAUCAAAGUGGGAGGGUCUAUUCCUCAGGAUAACAACGCCUCACUGAAUAUUAAGGUGAGAGACGUCCAGGCCAACUCCGUUCUGGUGUCUUGGAAAGCGAGCUCGAAAAUCUUCAAAUCCAGUGUUAAGUGGACAGCCUUCGUUAAGACUGAAGGCUCUCAUGCAGCCCAAAGUGCUCGGAUACCGUCUGACGUCAAGGUGUAUAACCUAACCCAUCUGAAACCAGCCACUGAGUACAAAAUCUGUGUUGAUAUUCCCACCAUCUACCAGAAAAGCAGGAAACAAUGCGUGAAUGUCACCACGAAAAGUUUGGACCGUGACGAAAAGGAAUAUGGGAAGAGCCACAUGCUGUUCAUGGCCUGCCUCGGAGGCCUUCUGGGGCUCCUUGGUGUGAUGUGUCUUUUCAGCUGUGUCUCGCAAGAAGUGAAGCGAGAGGGUGAACACAGCCCUGUGGUGCCUCACUUUUCCAAGCCGCCCUUGGCAUUCAGUGAGCUUUACCCUCCUCCCGUCAACCUCUGGGAAGCCGGCAAGGACAAAAGGGCAUCGUUGGAGGUAAAAGCAACUACUAUAGGUGUACCCACAAACGUGUCCUAAAACAGUCAACCAAACCCACUUCAGAGAAGAGCUCAGGACUGCAGUAGCGCUUAAAAAAUAAAUAAAUAAAUAAACAACAAAAACCAGGCAGAGGAAUGUCACUUUCCGGAAGGAAGCUUCAGUGCUGCCCCUGACCAGCGGAAACACGGGAAACUUGAGCGUUUUAACCGGCUGGCUUCAAAGGGUACUGUGGCAACCAAAUAAAACAGUUCCAUUUUCUAGAACUUUCAUGUAACUUUUAUGUCAGAACUACAGUUAAUGUGACCAGAAACAUUUCUGUAUUUUUUUUAAGUAUAGAAGAGUAGUUGAACUGAGCAACCUCUCCUCCUGUGUUGUAUUACACAUUAUUAGCCACGAGCUUUUGCAGUGACCAGAUAAACUUGAAUUGACACGUGGUGUGACGGACAAAUUCUGUAGAGUAGACACAGUGAGUAUGUGGACCUCUUUUAUAAGGAAAAAUACAUUUUGGAUUAAAAUCAA